GUUUACAGAGCUUCAGGUUUUGCAGUUAGUUUGGUGUUUGCAAAUAGAGUACGCUGGAGGAAAUUGCAGUUCUGUAGCAGUGGAAGCAAAACGAUAUUUAAUUGCUGUGCAAUUGCAUAUGCAAGUAUUCCAAUGUUACUUGCGUAAAUACAUUUUUAAAAAAUAUACAUAUUAACAAAAUUAAUUCGUUUUUGAGACAUAUCUUUGGGAUUCAAAAAUGGAUGUUUUACCUAUGUGCAGCAUCUUUCAGGAGCUCCAGAUCGUCCACGACACCGGGUACUUUUCAGCUUUACCAUCGCUGGAAGAGUACUGGCAGCAGACGUGCUUGGAGUUAGAAAGGUACCUUCAAAGUGAGCCUUAUGUGUCAGCGUCUGAUCUCAAGUUUGACAGUCAAGAGGACCUCUGGAGCAAACUUAUCUUGGCUUGUGAGGAUAAGGAGUCUGAUUCAAAGAUUCCUCGUGAAAAAGAGGAGGACAGUCAGGAUAACCAAAACGUGGAGACCAACAGUUUAAACUCGGACGCUAGCAGCGAGUCGUCGGAUAGCUCGGAGGAGCUCUCGCCUACUGUCGAUUUUAUCUCAAAUCCUUUAAGUGAUGUCUUGGUCAAUUCUGGACACUUAAGCUCUUCAAUUAUUACCACUCCACCGUCUUCUCCAGAACUAAGCAAGGAACCCACCGCUCCUCCGGUGUGGAGGGGCCUACAGACGGAGCUGCACUCGCCGGGUAAAAGUCGGAUCAGUGGUGUUGGAAAGACUUUAGAAAAGACUAGCCCAGUCAAUGGAGAGACUUCGCCAGAUGGUAGAAAGCGGGUCCAUAGGUGUCAUUUUAAUGGAUGCCGGAAGGUUUACACAAAAAGUUCUCACCUAAAAGCACAUCAACGCACUCAUACAGGUGAAAAGCCUUACAGGUGUUCAUGGGAAGGUUGCGAAUGGCGUUUUGCAAGAAGUGAUGAGUUAACCAGACACUUCAGGAAGCACACUGGUGCCAAGCCAUUUAAAUGCAGUCACUGUGACAGGUGUUUCUCAAGGUCUGACCACCUGGCUCUUCACAUGAAGAGACACCUUUGAGUGUUGCCAGAAAAGCAGGAAAAUCUUGUGUGCUAAUUAGCUUCAAGGUUGAACUGCCCUGCGAGGAGGGAUGUGUGUUCCAGCCAAAGCAUGCCAUUUUGCACCAUAUCCACUGCCUCCAGGACCUCCACAAAGGUGUUCUGAAGGCUGAAACGAAAUCAAGUAUGAAGCAGCAAAGCAAAAAAAACACAAAAAAAAAAAAAAAAAGUGGUGCGUGAUGUUUGGGGGGACAGUUCCUGGACACAUACACUGGUACCAAUCCCAGUUGGCCUGUGCAGUGUGCUUGUGCACUAGGAAUGUUCUUGACUGGGUGACUGUACUGUGUGUUACUGUAUGAGGAGCUAAUGUUGCUGUUGAGUGGAUGACGAGGAACGAUUUUGUUUUAGUGUUCUUGUGGUCAUGAGUAGAACUAUGAGAACAUGGGUCUGAAUGUUGAUGCGUGAGGGCGAGGGAGCCUGGAUAUGGUUUGCCACCAGACGUCUCCGCGGGGCCAUUUUGAGCCUUUAUUCACCUUAAAGGGUACGGCCCGUUCCGUGGUAGAGACGGGAACCUAUUCCUGAAUGAGAGGAGCUUUUUUGGUGUUUGGUGCAGCUAAUAAAUGUGCAAUGUGUUAAGUAGCUUGUUUUACACAUGCUACAAAGCUCAUUUGUAAUCUUGUAAAAGCUGUGUAUUUAGAAAUAUAACACAACUAUAACUUCAUUAUAAUAGACAGGUGUUGCAUGGUUUCAGGGUUUGUACUCUUCCUGUUCAUUGUAAUCAGGACUGCAAAUUGAAUCCAAUAAAAGAGCAGCUAAAUACAAUUGGUUAAAUGUUACAAUAUUGUACAUAAAGCCUUGAUCAUUUUUUUUUUUAGUUUUUUUUUUUUAUUUACAUUGUUUUUUUUGGUUGGAGAAACCACUAUUGCUUAGCAACUGAUUUACUCAUGCAGCUAAUUUGUUUCAAUUUAUGCCUUGAGGACUAAUUUUGUUUUUUUUUUUUUUUUUUUUUUUUUUCCUAUCUGUUAAUGCACUGUUGACCUUAAUAAUGGUGCCUUAUGCAAGUGACCUUGUCCCAGGGGAUAGGUUGCAUACAGUGGUAUGGAUGGUAAAAAGCUUUAUUAAGGCUCUAUUUCACAUGAAGUUUUAUAUCUGGAUAGUAAAACAAAAACAUGCCAUCAGCCCGUAUGUAAUUGUCAGUACCGAAGUGUCUGUUUGCUAUAUAUGUUGUUGUCUUUUAUUGGUAUCAAUAUAUCUAGUUGACUGUUGUCAUUAAACUAUCAUGUACAUGUUAUCUAGGAAUAGUUUUCACUUAAAGCAAAUCAAAUUAUAAAAUAAUCUUGACCAGAGAGUUAAUACAUAGAUUAUACGAGCACUUAAACACUUUCUUUUUAAUGUAUUUACUACUGUGUAGUAUGUACUGUAUAUAGAUAUUCACGCUCAAUAUGUGUAAAGUAUAUUCCACUUUAAAUACAUUUGAAAAUGUACAUGUCAAGCUACUGUUAACAGACCCUAUCAACCAAAUAAAAUCAAGUUUAAAAACAAACAAUUCCAUUUUAAUUGGAAAACCCUACAGUACCUCUUUUUGCUAAAACGCUGUAUGCUUGGACACUUUAAAGCUCAUUUGCUUGCAACUGUGAAUGCAGCAAAUGGCGGAUUUAUUGCAACUAACAGGCUAACUUCUGGCAGACCCUGCCUUUUGAUGCAUCUCCUGGAUGAUUUGCUAAAGGCUUUUCUGGCACACAAACUGUUUGAGACUGCUGACUCUGUAUGUUAGUGAUUGACCUGUCUGGAGUGUAGUGUCUUACUCUGAACACUGGAACAAUGCAAACAGAAUUGCAGCAUGCCAGAAACUCCACUGACUUGUUAGUGUUUGAACUAUUUCUGCUUAACCUGCUGAUAGCUGAUCCAGUGAGCUACUCUUACUGGAGCGAUUGAUAAUAAAUGUGUUGUGACCGGAAAAUUCCACACUUUCUACACACUUGCUUUCACCUUAGUGAAAGGGGGGACCAAAAACCUGGCUUGAUUUUCCUUUUAAAUAUCGCAUAAAAAGAAACUGAUGGAAGUGAUGUUUUGUUGUUUUACUCUUCAGUUAGGCAGGAAACUAGAACUAGUAAUACCAGCUUUGUUUUAUACACUCUCAGUAAUCACACAAGCAGUCUGUUUGAAUUAUUUUUGAGUGUAUUCAUUGGAAAACGAUUUAAUCCACUUGCUGCAGUUCUAUAUAAUCUCACUCAGACAGGCCUGUUCUGGGUCCGUUGCAGCAUGUCUUUUAAACAGGUAUCCAAUAACACUCAGGUGAUAACUGAGCCUUAAUGAAGCGGAAAUAUUUGCUGCAACUUUACCAACAAAUGUUUCUAUUACUAAUAAUGCUAAUUUCUUUAAAAAAAAAAAAAAAAGAAAAAGAAAAAAAAUGCCCUGUUCUCUAAAAAAUCUGUUUGUAAAAUUUUUGUAAGAUUUUUUGCUUUCCAAGAUUUUAUUUGAAAUUGUUUUGCAAGAUUGUUAUAUUUCUGUAUGAAUGUAUUUUUUAUUGGAGUAACAAAAACAACAAAAAAUUCUUAUCA